GGACAUCAAUAUAGACAGAGAGCUAAAAUUGGUGGUUUGAGUCAAAGACAUCAAAAAUCAAAAAAUGAUUUGAUCCGCACCACUAAUUUCGGCCCAUUUCAAAUACCAACUAGGUAAAAAAACAUUUUAUCAGAACUGAAAUGCUCCAAUUUGAUCAAAGAUAUAAUGACUGGAGCGAAUAAACACCAGCUAGAGGAGCACAAUAGAAACCAUAAAAGAGCAAAGCUAUCUCAAAAGGUCAAGGUUUUAGAUUUCAUCAAAGAAAACCCAAAUUAUUCAUUGAGGGGGAUAGUUGAUCAUUUUUUUGGAAACAACUGUGAUUUCAAAUUAUCAAAGAGCACAAUAUAUGAUUGGAUUAAAAGUGAAGAAAUACUAAGGAAAAGAUUUGAAAGUUUUGAAGGAAUCACAAAUCAAAGAAGAGUUAGUCAUUCCAAUUUUAAGUAUCCUGAGAUCAAUAAACAAUUGUUUCAAAUUAUAAACAUUUUAUUGAUUGUAAAUGUAAAUUUAACAGAAAAUUUAUUCAAAAAAAUAUGGAAACUUAUUGCUUUUAAUAACAAAGAUUUUUAUGGUAUAUCUGACGAUUAUAUAAAUAAUGGGCCACCAAAGGGUUAUUUAUAUCGAUUUAAAUCGAAAUUCAAUUUAAAAUUCAUUAAAAUUCCAAAUGAAUUGAAAAAUCUAAUUAAUAAUAAUAAUUUAUAUUACGACGAGGAUAAUAACGAUGUUGUUGCAUUAAUUAAUUUUGCUGAAAAAGUGGAUCAAAUUAUUAAACUAAAAUUGCCUGAUUUAAAUUUCAAAGAUCUUUAUAUACAUGAUAAUGAUUUUGCUGAUAUUGAAAACAAUCAAAAGAAUAUAAUUAAUAGCAAUAAAUUGAAUCCAAUAAGCAAAAAAAGAACAAACAUCAAACAAAUAAAGGAUUCUAGCAUUCAUCGAAGUAUUCAGAUUAAGAAUAUCGAAAAUAAAAUCAAUAAUAAUCAUAAUAAUAUUGAAAAUGAUAACGAAAACAAUGUAGUUAAUCAAAUCAUCGACUAUAAUGAUUUGGAAAAUAUUGCACCUCAAUUACAUUCAAAUAGUGAUAAUUCAUCAAUGUAUUUGUACAAUUCAAUUUCCCACAAUUCCAUUAAUAUGGAUAAUAUAAGUAAUUUACAAAAUAUAAAUAUGAAUGAUAUAAACAAUAUAAACAAUAUAAAUAAUAUAAAUAACUUAAGCAAUAUAGAUCAUAUGAAUAGUUCUAAUAUUGAUAAUAGCUUACUACUAGCUGCUGCUGUUAUGGAAGACAACAUGAGUAUUAAUGAUGACAAUCUAAAUAACAGUCAUGUAAUUUUGACAAAUAAAAUUGAAAAUAAAAAAAUAUUUGAGCAAUCAAGUUCUGAUAAUAAAAAUAAUGAUCAAUUACAGCUUCAAGCAAAUGUGAACCAUGAUAAUAGUGAUAGUGAUCGUGAUGAUGGUGAUCACCAUAAUGAUAUAAACAGCAGUGUUGAAAAUAAUACUCAAACCAAUGUCAACAAUCGUGAAGAAAAAAAUCUGAAUACUCACAAUAUUUCUAAUAAAGUGAAUUAUGAAGAGGUGUUUGAGGCUUUAAAAAUAUUAGAAAAAUUCCAUCAAAAUCAUUUAUAUUAUGAAAACAGCUUCAGAUUAUUUCUAAAUUAUUCAAAAGUCUUCAAUAAAGAAAUUUUAGACCAUAUAAACAAAUAGGUAAUUAAAUAGAUAAAUGAAAAACCAAUUUAAUCAGAGCUAGCACAACCUCUGCAACCGCAGUUUACACAUUUUGUAGAGUUUUUAUCAUCAGUCAAAUUUGCCUUUGGAACCCUACAAAUACAUGUAAAGCCAUUAUUAUUGUCAUUACUCAUUAUACAUCUCAAGCAACAUAAAUUUUCAUAUCCUUUUUUUUUCCAUUUUGCAAUUAAAUGCAAAUCAGCAAAU